ACAGCAAAAAUGCCUGCUUUCCCUCUCGACCACUUCGACCUCUACUCAGCCCGCCAUGUCCCUGAAUCCUACACCUGGCCCUCCUCCUACCUCCACGACCACCCCUCCGCCGGCGGCGGCGACUCCAUUCCCAUCAUCGACAUAUCCAGCCCCACCGCCGUCUCCCUGAUAGGCGAAGCCUGCCGCUCUUACGGUGUCUUCUACGCCACCGGCCACGGCGUCCCCGUUGACCUUCUCGAUGACGUGGAAUACCAGGCCCGCAGACUUUUCGCCCUCCCUCUCCAUCAGAAGCUAGACACGGCCCGCCGGCCUGGCUUCAUCUCGGGCUACGGGAGGCCACCUCUUUCCGCCUUCUUCCCAAAGCUCAUGUGGUCGGAGGGGUUCACCAUCGCCGGCGGCCACCAGCGAGAUGUCGCCGGCGAUAUCUGGCCUCUGGAGCAGUCUGUCUUCUGUGGCGUGAUAGAAAAAUAUAACAAGAUGAUGAAGGAGAUGGCCGGGAAACUACUUAAUCUUAUGCUCCUCUCCUUAGGUAUUGAUGAGGAAGAAGCGGGUCGGGCCGGGCUCAUAAAGGACCUACAACAAGCAAUGGAGGUGCUUCAACUCAACUCCUAUCCGGCCUGUCCAGAGCCUGAGAAGGGCAUUGGCAUGGCCGGCCAUACUGACUCAGGCCUCCUCACCAUACUCUAUCAAAGCCGCGGCGUCAACGGUCUCCAAAUUCUUCACAAAGAGGAUGGGUUCGGCCCGACCCGAUGGGUCACUCUGCCACCUCUCCCGGGGGCUCUAGUUAUUCAUGUGGGUGAUCUCCUUCAAAUCCUUUCUAAUGAUCAGUUUAAGAGCGUGAGGCAUCGCGCGGUUGUCAGCCGAGCUGAGCAUCGCCUCUCCGCGGCUUAUAUCAUUGGCCCGCCUGGGCAUGUCAAGAUGGGACCCAUUAGUAAAUUAAUGCAAUCUGGCCAAAACCCAAUUUACAGAUCUGUAACAUGGCCCGAGUAUCUGGAAAUCAGGGCUCAAUUGUUCGAUAAGGCCCUCGAGUUAAUAAAAAUGCCUAUAAAAUAAUGAUUGUAAGAUAAAAACAAGCGGUAGAUUUUUUUUUCCUCUUUUUAUUUUGGGAGAGAGGGUUAUAUAUGUAAAUAUUUUGUUUCACCUUAGAUGAAAACUAUGAACAGGCAAAGUUACUU